AUGAAUAUGCAGUGCCUCACCCUAAAUCCCAACCAGGUGCAACCUCCGACCCGCGACUUGCCAUCCGGCAAACCCUUGCCUGACAGCCUGCCAGACGCGAAGGAGGUAAAAGUGCACCCGCGCGGCAGUGACGGCACGGAGAACGCAUCUCUGUUUUUCGUCGGGACAGCGACGACUAUCUUGUUAGUAAAGCAUGGCCUUCCAAAUUUCCUUCAUGCUGGAGACCAUGUGCAUCUCGGGCCCGGCGUGUCUGCCAUGCGCCAAACCAACCCGGCGGUAGACUUACAUGACUUACCUCGGAUUGACUUGGUCUUGCUGUCGCAUUAUCACGGAGACCACUUUGAUCAGUCAGUAGAAGCGUCUCUACGCCGGGAUCUGCCCAUCAUCACCACUCCACAUGCAAAGGACCAUCUCACUUCGAAGGGCGCACAGGACUCAUUUUCAAAUGUUCAUGCUCUAGACUUUUUUGAGCAGAUGCUCGUUGAUAUCAGUGGUAAUACGAGUAGUCGCAACGAAAAGAAGCCACAGGUUCGCGUAACGGGAAUGCCGGGGAAACAUGUUCCUACCAAACCUCUCCAGGUAUUGAAUGAUCUCGUUCAAGCAGUUCCUCCAACAAACGGAUGGAUGGUCGAACUCGGUCAUUCCACGUCUUCAUCAGACUUCAAAGUCGGCUACCGAAUCUAUAUAUCCGGUGACACCCUUCUGGUGGACGAAUUGAAAGAAAUCCCCAAGCGAUAUGCAGGCCAAAAUAUCGACCUGAUGCUCAUUCAUCUCGGUGGCACAACAAUUCCUUCCCCGGCCUUGUCACCCAUGACAGUGAUGGUGACCAUGGACGCCAAGCAAGGCUUACAGCUGAUUCAGUUGAUCAAACCUCACCUGACAAUUCCGAUACAUUAUGAUGAUUAUGACGUGUUUGCAAGUCCAUUGGAUGAUUUCAAAGCUGAGGUUGAAAAGGCCGGUUUAGCAGAUAGGGUUGUAUAUCUUGAGCGAAAGGAUCAGUUCAAGUUUCGGGUUGUUAGUUGA